AUGCCUUCGGAAGGCGCGUCCGCACUGCCGACCAUUGCAGAGAUUCGUGCACGCACUCUCGAGAAGUUCGGGCACUGUCCAUGUCUCUGGCGGUGCAAGGCGACCCUCGCGCAGCUUCGCGGUGACCAGGAUUUGGUCUGCAUCUCCGGGACAGGCUCUGGCAAGAUGCUCACAUUCUGGAUGCCACUCCUCUUCCGCCCGGAUGGUAUCCAAGUCAUUAUCUCACCGCUCAACAUUCUUGGAACCCAAAAUAGUCAGCAGCUUGCCCAGCUCAGUAUACCCGCGUUCGCGUUCCGAGGCGAUACAGCCACCACCGAGAACUUCCAGGCCGCCAAAGAUCUCCAAUUCUGUGUUCUUGUCACAGGCCCAGAAUUGGCUGUCAGGCCUUCACCGCGCUUCGGUUUUGACCGGCUGUGGAAGAACAAUAGGUUUAUGGACAAGGUGAUAUCAAUCAUUUGGGACGAGGGGCACUGUAUCAGUGCAUGGGGUCAUUUUCGGGAGGAGUACCUUCACGCAGCGAGAUUACGGCACUUGAUGUCGUGCACCGUCCGCUUUUACGUCCCCUCGGCAACCUUGCCCGAGCAUGUUCUCAAUGAUGUCAUGAGCAUCUUGCAGAUGCAGCGCGGGGCUGUCAAGCUAAUAUGGCGGUCAAAUGACCGCCCAAAUGUGUUUCUAACCGUUCAGAAGAUCAAGCAUCCCCUCGCCAGCUGCAAAGACCUUGAAUUUUUGGUUCCAGACAACUGGACACCUGGGAUGUACAUCCUGAAAUUCCUCGUCUUUUUUGACAACAUUGAAGACUCUGUCCGUGCUGCCGAGAUCCUUCAGAAGCGCAUGCCACGUGAAGAGCGGAACCGCAUUGUGUGGUUCAACGCAAACAAUUCACACGAGUUCCGUGAGGAGUCAACAAGGGAGUACCAGGAGGGCAAAUUAUACGGGCUGUAUUGCACUGACUCAUUUGGCAUGGGAGUCGAUAUAUCAGAUAUUGAACUCGUUGUUCAAUGGCGGACUACAUCUAGAUGUACUUGCGAUCUGGAUAGCCUAUGGCAACGAUUUGGUCGCGCGGCUCGAGAUCCCUCUCGGACAGCCCUCGCCGUCCUCUUCGUCGACCCGAAACAUUUUGAUGAGGAGAAGAUUGAAGCCGCGAAGCGAGCUGCAAAAUGA